CCCGCUAUUUAAACAGAGCUCGGUCACAUGGUAUGCUUUUGCAAGGGAAGUAACGUGUAUAGAGAACGCGUGUUGCGAAGCGAAAUGUGAUUUUUGUUCUAUUUUGUUUUUCUUUUGUAAUUCAUUUUUAGCGUGAAAGUCUUCCGGCAGAUGAAAUUCUGAAUUAACAGUCAUGUGGAGUUAACGCGAGGUGAACGUGACCAUAAGUUCUUUAGGCUGUCUGUGUCAUUAGGGCAUGCAUGCUACUUAAAUUUGCUUCAUGUAUUAUCAGUUCGUAUGAUCACUAGGUAUUUACUGUUAUCCUGUUUAGUGCCAAUACAAAAAGUCUAGGCAAAUGCAUUAUAGAGCCGAUUAAGUUAGUCAUAGUCAAAAGUCGAUAGUCAUCCAGGUGUGUUUUGGAGGAGUGAUGGAUGGGGAUCCAGCAGGAAUGCAUUUAUCACAACAGUCAUCAUCAAGCAUGGAAGUGAAAGAGGAUAUGGAUACCGAAAGUGAGCAUCAGCCAUCAAAAGAUGCUUUGAUUGACAUCAGCUUUUGCGGAUCCACUCCUCUGUUGUGGAAGGUGUCGGACAUGAGAAGGUGCAGAUCUGUGGGAGCGAUCGGGGCUCUGGUGGGCUCUCUGGCCCGUCAGCCUCGGCAGAACGUGCGGCUCGGCAGACCGCUGGAGCUCCUGCAGGAGGAGGCGCUGCUGCUGGAGGACACGAACACUGCUGCUGCUUCACUGCAACCUCAGGAUUGUGGAGAUGAGGGGAGGCAUUCGGAGGCUGUGAGACAGUAUGAGGCCGGCCUGGAGAGCAGUUAUAAGGAGCAGUGUGCUCUGGCCCUGGAGGACAAGAAGACAGUGCUGAGGAGAAUCAUGAAUGAGAAGGAGAACAGUGAGAGAGUGUCUGCUAAAAUCAUAGAUAGAAGACACUAG